GUGAUGCGCCAAAAUUUCUCAAAAAGUCAAUUGGUACGCAAGUGCUAAAAGGCUGGGAAUCGUUGGUACAGAUAAUUCAAAUAAUAUUCAAAAGACCCCCUCUUCACUAUUGACUUCUUCAUCAAAAGAGGGUGAGAUUACGGCAUAUCCCGACAUCCAUCCCUGAAGAUGUGGCAGGGCCCCCACACUGUAACGUUUUAUACACCAAUAUUUUCUAAGUACCGAAAGUAUUCAAUAAAAGUUUCAUCACCAUCCCGAUAGCCCACUCCAUGGCUACGCCCCUGGAAGGCAACACAUGUUUCCAGCUGAUAUAUCACAUGCCUCUAUAGAUAAGGGCCUUCCUAGAAAACUAACCCUCGCAAUCACGUAUCAAAUCUUAUAACGGGUGAACUUGGCGUCGAUCCCUUCUUGUGAAACAUUCUGAAGAUACGGUGCUUGAAACCCAUGGUCAUCUCGGGUCACCGUGUAGGUUGCAGAUCACCCAAGAGUGCCUUAUCAAAUUUCAUAAGCACAUGUUUUGUUUGCGUUUACUUGACGGUCCCAGCUGAAGCUCGUGCUGGACGCAUUGAUAAAAUGGGAAAGAAUGAAAGAACCGCCGUAGAGGGGACUCACUUUUGUUGCCAGCACGCGGACUCGACUUACACAUAAGAGACUUUAGUUUGUUUGGAUUCGGCUGUGUGAAAUCAAAGCGCGGGAAACGAUUGGACUUGACACAGUGACAGAGUGAUUUUCCGUGUUAGGUCCAAGUUUUUAUCGGAACAAGCGUUGUGCGACCGCAUGCAUUAAUCUCCACACUUAUUGAUACCACCAGAAGAUGUCCUCCAACAUAGACUCGCCAGAGAAGAAUAGCACCGCCUACAGCCAAGUUCCAGUAUCGGAAAACGACAUGUUAGAAACGAGGUAUGACGACAAGCAGAUCGAAAGCAAAAACCUGGUUGACUCUUCAGAAAGUGAAGAAGCUUCCUCCGGCGAUGCCGAAGUAGUCAUCCCUCCUGACGGGGGUUGGGGCUGGGUGGUAGUCCUCGGCUCCUUCAUGUGCAACGUCAUCGUUGACGGGGUGAUUUUCUCUUUCGGCACCUUCCUCGAGGACAUUGCAGAAGAGUUCAACGUGACGCAACCGGAAGUGGCGCUCGUGGGAUCUUUGAUGUCAGGAUUUUACCUCAUAGCUGGACCUUUCGUUAGUGCCAUUGCGAACCGUUAUGGGUUCAGACUGGUUACCAUUGUGGGUGCUAUCAUUGCUGCGGCUGCUUUCGCGAUAUCGAACUUUGCGAGUAGCGUUCUGUUUCUGCAUAUUUCUUAUGGAGUCGUAGGAGGUAUUGGUUUCGGUUUCAUAUACGCACCUUCAAUUAUAACUAUCGGAUUUUACUUCGAAAAAUGGAGGGCAUUGGCUACAGGAAUAGCGGUGUGUGGAUCCGGAAUUGGUACCUUCGUUUUUGCUCCAAUCAGCAAACUCAUGAUACAACAUUUGGGUUGGAGAGGAGCUCUUUUAUGCGAGGCAGCUUUGUCGCUGAGUUGUAUAAUUUAUGGAUGUACAUUCAGGCCACUGAAACCGACAAAAGUCAGAGAACUCCGCGACAAGGAGGAAGAGCCCGAACUGAAAAUGGAUCCGUCCAAACUCCCCCUAAUGACCAAAAUGAAAAUGGAGGAAGCGAUGAGAGCGAUGAAGAGACACUCAGUUGGAUAUAUCCACGACAAUCAUUCAUCAAUACCGAGGUUGUUAGGAGUGAACAAUAACUCUGAUUAUCCCACGGUAUCCGACGUGUACCAUACCAUUAGCAUACCAAACCAGAAGGACACGAGCAGAAAGAAAGUCCUGGGCGAAGCCCUGAGUUUUCCUUCUUUGGGAUGGGACAGAAGGAAGUCUUUGAAGAAUUCGGAGCUUAUGGAUAGGGAAAAGCUGAAACCGAUCAUAUCACCGAAGAAAUUGGACACUGAUAAGAGUGACAAAGAGGAUGUAGUCAGGCCUUUGUAUAGAGACGAUAUAUUCUUCGGCGGAAGCUUAUCUAGGCUGCCACAGUACACCUCCAAUACCUCUUUGGGGUAUAACUUAGCGAUAACUAGGCUCCCAACGGAAAACGACGUCCAGGAGGAACGAAGACAUACUUGCAAGCUGUGCCCAGAGGCUCUACGAAGGGUUCUCGCUACUAUGCUCGACUUUAGCCUUCUGAAAUCACCUACGUUUCUCAUAUUAGCUAUAGGAGGGUUCUUUACCAUGAUGGGCUUUUUCGUCCCUUACAUGUACCUGGGGAGCAGAGCUACUUCGAAUGGCAUCGAUGAAUCAAUGGCGGUUUGGCUGAUUUCUACUAUUGGGAUUGCUAAUACUUUUGGAAGGAUGUUCUAUGGUGUGAUCAGUUCUUUUCCUGGAAUGAACGCCCUUGUCAUCAACAACAUUGCUCUGACCGUCGGGGGAUUAGCUACCAUACUGAGUGGUGUGACGAUGGCGGUUGAAUACCAGUUCUUCUACUGUAUCGUGUUUGGGCUAGCAAUAUCUUGCUUCGCUUCGCUGAGAUCGGUUGUGGUGGUGGACCUACUGGGAUUGGAGAAACUGACAAACGCCUUCGGUUUACUGCUUUUGUUCCAAGGGGUAGCGGCAAUAAUUGGAGCCCCCUUGGCUGGUGUCUUCAUGAAAGCUACCGGUAACCACGACUCCUGCUUCUAUUUAUCAGGAGGGAUGAUUUUGUUUUCUGCUGUGCUGUGCUACCCAUUGAACUGGGUCAAUAGGUGUGAAAGGAGGCGACACGCUGAAAAGGCUGCCAAGCCUGUUCCAGUUUAGGAAAUACUUUCACUGUUUAUUUCAAUCUGCUGUGCCACAAAUAUUCCAACUACAGGAGUUUGACUGAAUAUUCAUAAACUUUUUUUAAACGAUAUUCUUCCUCAACUUUCAUUCAGAUCUGAGAUUUUUUGAAAAACCACAAUUUAUGAAGUUACUAUUUUCUAAAUAUUACUAUUUCUACCAUUGGGAUAUACAGGUAGUAGAUCUUUACAAAUGUGUCAUCAAUUUGUGCACCCUUGAUGAUUCGACAGAGUAAUGGCAUAGCUGCUCCUAACCUCGAAAUGAAGGGUUGAAAUUAUAUUCAUAUAAAAUUCGUCACCACUCUAUGAAGUAUUUUUUGAAUACAAACCUUAUAUUUCAUAUUCCAACUGAGAUAUCUGGCAGCUGAAAUGAGUAUGAGGAAUAUCAGACAGAGCCAUUUCCAAUUUGAAGUUGAAAUUUGUAGUUACAAUAAAAGAUUUGCUUACUCUGAUAUGCCUGCAGUUUGAUAGUUCUGUAAACAACUAUUUGUGUAACAAAAAAACAAUAAACAACAUUGAACUGCUAAACAAUAGUGAAGCAUUUGAUACAUUCUUAAUUGGACUUACGAUUUUGAUAGUUUCUUUUGAUGUUCCGAGUGUAAGUUGUCAGCUGUCACCCAAAUAAAAGCACUCUCUCUCUCCCUGUCUCUCUCUUAUUAUGUAUUUGAUCCUAUUAGGUAUUGAAGACGCAUGUGUAAUGUUUUCUUAACUCAAGUGUAGAAAUUAUUCAUUUAAAAUCUUUUGGGAACAAUUACUGUAUCCUGAUGGUCCAUAUUUGUGGCACAGUAAUGAAAACUUAGCAAUAGUUUUUGCGAAAAUCGGGUUUCAUUUACUUACAGUAAACAGUUUUUUCUGCAAUAUUUUAUGUUAAUUUAUUAAUGAAAGAUUUUUGAGUAUUAUUUCUGUAAUGAUUUAAAUAAUCAUUUAAAUAAUGAUAUUUUUAAGUAUAGAGCCUGACCAAAUAAAUAUGUCUUUCGAAAAUUCACUUCAGCAGUGACAGUGUGAUUGUUCUGGAGCAUGGAAUGUUUGUUGUGUGAAUUUUUUAGAGAAAUGAUGCCUGCUACACGAUAUACUUAUAGGGUAUCUUAGAUGGUGACUCGAAUGUGGAAUAUUUUUCAUAAAAUCCGCAAUUUUCAGUGAACUAGGUAUAUGUAUUCUCAAAAUCCUGCAUUUUUGUAUGUUGAAUCUUCUUGUUUCAGAAUGUCUCUACUAUAACGAAACUACCAUCCAUUUUUUUGAUUAUCACUGUUCACGUUUGGAAGAGAAAAAAUAUUUUAAAUUGAGAUUACCAGCUAUUCAAAAUACCCUGUAAUGAUUUGCUCAGAACUCAUACAAACGUACCUGUGGCAUUUGUUUAACGUAAUUUCAGUUUAGUAGAAGAGCUGCAAGUGGAAUAUAUCAACGUCUAAUGUUUCUUUUGUGAUUUUAUCAGGGUUAAACCUCAAGGGUAAUAUGCUUGUGACUUAAAAGUGACAUAAAAGUAACAUAGACAUCACAUAAACGCCACUAGUUGAAUUAGGUUAUAUUUGGGUUUUCUUUCAGUUAUGUUUGUGAAAACAAAGAAUUUGGAAUUUUGCAGCGUUUCUACUCAGAUGUAAAUAUCAUUUUUAGAUUUAUUAUGUGGAUUUGAAAAGACAUUCAAUGUCUUAAAAUUGUUGUAUUCGAACUAAUUUCCACUUUGCCAUUUUGAAUUUUCAAAUAACUUUUUGAUUCGUCUUUAUUUUAUCAUUUUAUGAUAUUUAAUAAUCAUUUGUUUUAUUUAUAUAUUUUAGAUGUGUGAAUUAUAUAUUUUGUUGUCUUGAUUAGAUUAAUAUUGUGUAUGUUCUAUGGAAAUUGUGUGAAUCAGUUUCAUAAUGGAAGUGUAGUAGAGCUACUGAUUAUGUUGGAAUUGAAAUUGAUUAGAUAGUUCAGGAACCCCAUUCAAAAUAUUUUCUAGUAAACUCUUUUCAAUUAAAAAUCAACAUAAUUUUUAAAUGAAUAUUCAUAAAUCAACUAUUUUUGUGAAAAACAUUUUCUUUUCAAAUUAGAAUGAAGCUUUACUUAUUUAUCUAGCUUUAUUGGAACAGUUCAAUUUAAUGAAACAAAUGAUUUUGUGAAGAAGGGGUUUUGCUACACCUUCAGUAUUUCUUGUGAAGUUAUCCAGAGUUGUUUACUUCUUUGAAUGAGUUUAUUCCCAAUUUUUGUAUUUCUUGAUUUGGUAAGACAUUAGGACUGAAAAUAACUAAUGCCGAGAUUGGAAUAUCCUUAUAUUUCUGAUAUUAUAGAAUGUCGUAGUUUAUAUAAAAAAAUUUGGAUUUCCCAGAUUGAAAUUAUUUCGUUUUGACAAUUAAAGUUAUAAAUUGGUUCAUUUUGUACUGUGGUGCUAAUUUUUCUUGCCAAAGUCUGGAAAGGCCUUCGAUGUAAUAGUUUCAUUUCUAUCACAACUAGCCUUAAUAUCAAUACUCGAUUUCUGAAUAAUAUCUAUUAGUUGAGUCUUCAAAAACAGGGUUUUGAAUUAUUGGCUUGAGAAAAUGGAGCUCAAGAUAAGACUGAUUUUAUAUGUUUUUAUUCAAGUGUAAAUAUAAUGAAUUCAGAUUAGUAAUAAAAUAUAUUUACGAUUC